AUGACGGCAGCAGCCGUGUCAGCGGCACCCUUGGCAGCACCGAGAACGACGCUCCCAUCGCCAAUUGGACCCUCAGGGCCAUGUCCAGAUGCCAAAGUGGAUGCGAUACUGCGAGGCGACUUGGGCCCCGAGGCGUGCUGCUCCUAUGGGAAAUGCAAAGGCGGCGUUGUCGUGUCCGUCGGUUGA